GGCAGUGUUAAUAACUCGUACUUUGGGAGAAGCUCAUUGGCAUAGCGUGGUGUCUGGUUGUUCCUGAGGUAUAUGAUGUGUCGCCCAAGUCAAAUGGAGUCAAGACAUCUUCAGAAUCCUUUCGUAUAAACUUAAAAGUGCCUGUGUUGUUUUUGUUAGUGCUUAAAUGUGUGGCUAAGCGAGGGUUUUCUCUUGUUACACCAGCAACAUUUUGAAUUAGAUUGAAUCUGGCAAAACAAGAACAUAUAAAGAUUGGUCUCUAUUGAGAAUCCUGUGUUGCUACAGAGUUUCGGGUCUGUGAACAGCUUGAACUGCUCCUUCCACUGGAUCCAUUGCUGGGCUAGGUUUGUGUCUGAAAAAUCCAGGGCUCCAAGGGUUUUCACACUGAGUUCCAUGGCUCACACUGCCAGCUGCUAAACUGCAGAGAACUUCACAGCUCAGACAUUACCACUGUGUUCCAUUAGCAAAGAGUGAAGCUGAAUGCAGGCAGUGGUGUGCUUUCGUUUGCAUCUUGUUUGGAGGGGGUAGAAGCUAACUCUGUCCCUUGAACAAGUGACUAUCACAUGAGUUCCACAAGGAUAAUGGAUACUAAAUUACGAGAGGCUGAAGGAUGUGGUGAGGACAAUUCAGGAAAGAAAAAGUCAAAGUUCAAAUCUUUCAAAAAGUUCUUUGGGAAAAGGAAAAGGAAAGAAACCUUACCAUCUUCAGGAAGCAUCACUCUGAAACCAUGCCAGUCAGCUAGUGAUGUCACAGUCCCAGAGUCUAUGCACAUUGACUGUGAUUCUGAAGAUGAACUUGAGACCCACACGGGUAUUAUGGGAAGCAGAGCGUUAUCACAUGACAGCAUUUUCAUUCCUGAGCCUGUGCAAGAGCCUUCGAGGCCCGUACGAGUGUUUUCUCAGGAAAACGUUUCUGAUCGGAUUAGAGCGUUGCAGUUAAAACUUCAACAUAGCAUGAAACUGGGGCCUCCUCCUCCAUUUGGCAUUCAUGCAAAGCGGAUAGAUGAUGCUGGGACUAGUUCUGAAGAUGAUGGGUUACCCAGGAGUCCUCCAGAAAUAUCUUUGCUACAUGAAAUUCUAAGUUCUAGCACAGCAGCAAGUUUCUCUGACUCUCACAAGCACCCUAGCUCUUUGAGUUUAGCUGGAACAGGCAGUGAAGAAGAAGAACAGGUCACUUCAGGUCCUUCUUCUAGGCCCCGCUCUACAGAAGGCCAACUAUUCCCUAGGCAUGCAAGUGCUAAAACUUUAUCUCCCCGAACAUCUGACAGCAGCAUCUCGCCUGCAGCUGAUUUUGACACUCCGCCUGAAUUCUCCACUUGCUUAGAUAAUUCUGCUGCUAAACACAAGCUUUUAAUAAAACCACGGAACCAGAGAUCUAGUAAAAUGAGAAGACUUCCUUCGCGGACCCACUCAGAGUCUCUGAAUGACUUGAGCUGCACCCCAGAAGAAGAGGAGCACAAUGGGAGGGAGAUGCUGACAGACUUGACAUGUGAAGUCUUCACCACCAGCCAUCAGAAAUUGACACACAGCACAGCUGUGACAAGUGACGUGGCCUCCUGGCAGAGACCUGAAAUGCCUAAAGACUUUCCCCAUGGCUCGAGACACAGGGACGAAAGGCCUCCCACAUGGCAGUUCACUUCUGAGUCUGCCAUUGUACAGGAAGCCUUGUUACAUGAGAAUAAUCCUGACGGCUGCCAAACUACACUGGAAUUAACACAUUCUGCGUCAGAUUAUCCUUAUUCUUUAGAGCCUAAAGAAAACAUAAUCAGCCUGUAUCCCCCUCUGGACAGAGAAGCACAAAGGGAAAAAGAGCCCCCAGGAACACCGAGUGUGUCCACCAGGAACGUGUGUGAUGUGUCAGUUAAUACUUUAAAUCAAGAAAAUAAACAGUUUCUUAAUGGGUCUUCAGUGAACAACCUGCUAUCUGAAGAGUAUACUUCAACCAAUACUGGCAGUUUGGGAGGGACAGAAAAAAAUAUACAGAAGGAUGGUCAGAUACCCAUGGAAACUUCCUGUAAUAAGGAAACAAAGGAGUCUGCUGCAUUGCCAGCUUCCAGCAAGCAGUUACCUGAAGGGUCUUUUCAGUUCACGGACUCACCCUGUGUUUCCUCUGAUAUCCCACAGCCUGCUUUGUCAUCGCAGCUGAGGUCAUCUGAUUCCUGGUCUCUGGAGCAAACUAUGCCCACUCAAGAACUAGCUGCAUCUGACAAGGAAAACAAACAGUCCCUGGGACAGAGGGAGGCAAUUUGGGGGAAAAAAACAGAGAAAGUUGCCAAUGAACUCAGCACCUUGAGAAAAUUUUCAGUGUCAUCAGCACGGGAGAGACCAAGGGCUGGCAGCCUCCACCUGAAAGAAAACUCAGAAUGUGAAAGUCCAUUAAAUGCCAAAUUACCCCUGUCAAAAACCGAAGUCACCUCAAGAAAUGAGAAGUUGAAAGAGGAUGUGCAGGUGGGCUCGGAUCUACAGGAGGAAAAAAAUAGCAUUAAAAAGCAGAUGUCACUGGCAAAUUUUGACUCUGAGGUCACGGGCAAAGCAGCAGUCAAAAUGGUGGCUGGCUGUGUUUCUCAGGCUAUUGAUGCAAUUCCAGUGGUAUCCCAGUGCCAACCAGGCAGUGAAGAUAAAAGUCCUUUUCAAGUAAAACUUAGAUCCACGUCACUGUCCUUGAAAUACAGAGACAGCUCUUCACCAGAAUCAAAGGGGUUUCAAAGAUACAGUGCAGAGAUUAAUUUAGAAAAAGAGGGAUUGGCAUCACUUCUAAAAGGUGAAAAGGCACAGAUCAAAAAAACAGCUGAUGUAAAUAUCAAUGGCUCUGUGAAUGACAACAUAAAAUCUAAAACAAAGUCCUCUGAACAGCUUAGCUCAAAACCUCCAUUGCCUAGAAAGCCUGUUUUUCAGAAUGUAACUAAUGCAAAUGGUAAUGUGGAAAAGCAGGAAGUCAUGAAAUCUCCUGAUUCCAGAAGUAAAGACAGAGACUUGGAGAAAAAAUCAUGUCCUUCAAAAGUGCCUGAGAAGACUGUGCCUUCCCCAGUGAUUACAGCAGACUCUGCAGGAGGAACUGACAGCCAGUCAAAGCCAGCCUGGAUUACUAUAGCAAGACAGAAGCAGAGGGACAUGCAACAGGAGCCGGACCCUACUAAAGAAGAAAAACUUGUGGCUCAAGAUGUUAAGUCGGAUACAGAAAAACAAAAUAAGGAGAAGGAAAGAAUGGAGGGGUCAAUGAAGCAACAAGCAGACUUCAUCAGGAGCAAACCUUCACAUUUAGCACCUAAAACUUCUUCUGAAGAACUGAGGAAUGAGACAAAGUCUGACGUGAACGAGCCACUGCCAAGAGCCAACUCGCUGUCACAUCAUGUCCCUGCUCAAUCCUCAGUGCUGAUAGAGAAAGAAGAAAUGAACCAGUUUAAGAAAGUCAGUCAUUCUGUUCCAGAUCAGCCAUCAUGGAUGGAACUUGCCAAAAAGAAAUCCCAAGCUUGGAGUGAUAUGCCACAGAUUAUAAAAUAGGGUGAUACAUCUCAAGACCAAUAGUAUAUGUUAUUUAGGAUAAUUGAGUAGUCCACAUAAUUGAACUUCUAAUAUUAAUUAAUCACAAUGAAGAAUUUAUGGUACAUCAGAAGGGUUUUGUUAUAAAGCUUUGAAAAAAGAGUGCAAUAAGUGCUGUCAACAAGUUUACCUUAAACCUUCUGUAGCAAUCAGGAUGGUACUAGAAAUGGUUUAAAAAUAAUCUACUUUAAAGGACAUACACACCAACUUAGAAAAACAUUCUGCCUAUAUACAUGAUGUAUUCCUCCCCUCCAUUAAAAUUGCAUAAAACGAGUAUCUUUGUUAAAUCUUAUUGAACUUUUUGUUGCAAACAUUGUUACACUGCUCAUUAUCUAUUUGUGAAUUGUCCACUAUCAGAUCGUGAUAAUAUAAAUCUCUUUUACUGGCGUUAUCUGACAGACAGUCUUUAAUGAUGUUUGGGCCAAUGAUAUGUUCAUGACUUGUUUUUAUUGAGUACUUUAUCAAAUAUUCAGAAUUUGCUGUUUGAACUGUGCAAUUGGUUAGUUGAGUCACAUGGUAUGGUUUCUAUUUUCUGAUUUGAUUCCUGAGGCAUAAACAAACUUGUUUGUGUGUGAAAAUGAAUAAAAAUUUCUCCUGAAAUACUUGCCUGAACAAAACUGGCUGCACAAAUGGGCACAGAAAAGCAAGCAAAGAGGAAACAAAUGUGUUUGGAUUGAAUUGGAAUCUCAUGUAUGUAUUCAUGAAUGCUCUUCUCCAGAAUUCACCCAGAUGCGGGUGUUCUGUUUUUUAUGGGAAUUCAUCAUGUUGGUUUGUGGCACCAUAUUUAGUGGCAAUGGAUAUGCUUAUGAUAUCAAAGAUGAAGAUUAUGAAUUCAGAUAAAGAUUAACUAGCUAGCGUAUGGGAUUUGUUGAGCCCAAACUCAAAUGUUACAAAACCAGGAACUGAACAGUUAAGGUGCUGCUUCAAACACAGUACAACCUCACAGACUUAACUCUGCCUUCAUCUGAAUGGCAAAAGGGACUGGGAAUAGCACAGUAUGUUAACAAGCUGUAACAAUAUUAUUUUCAUUGUGCCCACCGCAACUCCAAAUCAGUUUAAUGGGCACCUCUGUUCAUGUUUAUGCAGUUUCAUGGGCACCUCUGCUGGUUGUGUACCAACAUUGAAAUGGGGAAGUAGUUGUAGCUGGUUUGAUAGAGAUCACGCUGACCUGAUUGUACUUCCUCUCUUCCUGCUGCACAAUCACAAAGAAACUAAAAAUCCAUUCAGAAAUGUCCUAAAAUUAGUAUCCUGCUGUUAAGGGAAUCAGUCUCUCCUCCCACAAAAACACUAGAGCAGCAGUUCUCAGACUGUGGAUUAGGACCCCAAAGUGAGACGUGACCCCAUUUUAAUGGGGUCACCAGAGCUGAAGCUGAGCCCAACAGCCCAGGGUUGAAGCCUGAGGGCUUCAGCCCUGGGUGGUGGGCUCAGGUUACAGGCCCCCUGCCUGGCACUGAAGCCCUUGGGCUUGGGCCCUCCACACUCAGAACAGUGGGGCUUGACCUCUCCCACACACACGCACACACACACACCUGGGGUAGCGGGAUUCAGGCAGGCUCAGGCUUCAGUCCGCCCUCCUGGGAUCAUGUAAUUUUUGUUCUCAGAGAGAUGUCGUGGUGCAAUGAAGUUUGAGAACCCCUGCAAUAGAGCAAGGCUGGGUGCUUGUACUGUAUGUGUUUAGCAGCACCUUGAUGUUCACUUCUUAGUUUUUAUAAAUUUGUGGUUUGUUUUUUCCUGCCAGACUAAUAUUCUUUUAAGGGAUAUGUAUGGAACCUUAACUUAGAAUGUCCUUGUUUUCUAAUCCAUGAGUCUGAGAUUUUGAAAUCUCAUGUUUCAUAAGGGUCUGGGUAGCCGAAGGCAAUAUGUGUUUUAAUCAACUUUAAUGAAGCGUUUGUAAAUCAACUUAGAUAAAGAAUAAGGCAUUGGCGUAUAUGAACACUUGAGAUAAAUAAGCUAUUUUCAUCAGAUCUCCUUAGUGCUAGAAAGUGAGGGAAAUAAAACAGAAUAUAUGAGUAAAAAGCAUGUUUUUGAAGAUUUUCAAUUUGGCAUUAGUUGCUCUUUAGAGAUUCUAGUAAGUAUAGCACAACUCAUUUAUUUAAAGAAUAAAAACAGACUAGAGCUUUUGUUACAAAUGAUGACAUUUACCUUUUCAUCAUAGAAUUUAAACUAUUUUUCAGUCUUCUGAAAACAUAAAUAUGAAUCUGCUGUUUAUGUGCCUAGUCUUGUAGUUCUUAUUCUGGCAAAACUCCCACCAAUCUCAUUGGAAUAACAAAAUUCAAGACAAUCGUUUUUGUAAAUAUUCAGAAACCAGGAGUAGAAGGAGAAGUUUAACUAUUCAGUCUUAAAGGCAGACUCCUGUGAAACUCAUCCUCAUCAGCUGUAUAUUGGUCAUAUUAAAAGUGGAAAUGUAUUCAAGCACAAAAUUCAGAUUCAAAUCCAGACUGCCCCAAAAUUGUUUGCAUGAGCAACCUUCACUCUGCCCUUUGUGCUUGUGCAUUUGCAAUAUAGUCUUUAAUCACAGUUAAUAAUCACUCAUUUCUCAAAACAUAGAAUAUAAAAUCACAGUUUAUUCUACAGUUAUUUCUUAAACACAUUGUAAGACACUCUCUUAUAUAAACAGAUGCACUUUUAGGUACUGUAACACAAUCUUAAAAAGCCCCAAAAACUAACAUUAAGAAAUAACUCAUGAAAUCACAAUACAAAGUUUAUUUAAGGUACUGCAUUGCAAUCUGCACAAUUCUUGAAAUAAACCCUUCCACGUUAAAGGGAAAAUGUAAAACAUAAAAUUAAAUUUUAAAAAAAUCUACGUUAUCCUUUAAUUAUUGCCUGUUCAUACCCUCACUGAAAAGUAGAAUGUUUUCUGGAAAUUAACUUGAACUGGAGUUAAUGGUAUGUUAUAUUGCUUUAAAGUUUUCUCUCUGUUCUAAAUUAUUUAAGAUGUAUCUGAUCUCACCUGAAUUUCUGGGGAGUGAGCAGUGCAACAACUACAUGGGACAAUUCCAAAUAUCUUUAAGGAAAUUCUGUUUGACAGACAAAGGUUCAAGAUAAAGAAGAUUAUUAACAGAGUGUUCUAGGGUUUCUUACACAAUAUUCUGGGCCUCACAAACAUACAAAAAAUGGACCCCACACAUAGUUUUGCGAGAUGAGCUAAUGCAGCUGUCUAAUACCUUCCCACAAAGUGCAGCCCUAGCUCUAAUGUGGGCCUGAUCUUGCCACCUUCUGGAUGAAAUCCUAGUCCCAAUGAAGUCAAUGUGAAUUUUGUGAUUGACCUCAGUGUGGCCAGGAUAGCAUCCUUUAUGUUCAAUACUCUCACUAACUUGACUUUGCCAGGAACAGUGACAGUUGGCUGCUAUGGGCCUGCUUGUGGAUCCACUGAAAUCAAACUAAAACUUCCAGUGAUUUCCAUGGAAGCAAGUUCUGGUUUUACAGGGUGGUUAGUAUUAUAUGAUAUGUGCUCAGAUCUUAAAGCAUUAGUCCAUCAGAAUGGCAUAAAUUUAAGUAUCUCAAAUGUAGGGUUUGAUUUUGCUUCAAAUAGGUUAUUGUACCAAUAGUAUCCUGUGCUGGAGUUUCUUUAUUUUAGAUCAAAAGGUCAUGUGACUCAGCUAUAGCCAAUUGCUAAACAGUCACUAUUGUCCACUAACAUGGGAAAUAAUGCAAAACUAUUUCAGAUCCUGCAUAUUGUCUCUCAGCCAAAUGGAUAGUACUUGGCAAUCCCAGGAUGUAAUAAAAUGUAUUUAAGCAAACUGAUUUAUAGUUUAUAUUCUUGACUGUGUGGAAAGAACUGUAAUCAAUUUUACUGUAGAUGCCAUUGUACUUUUUCAGCCCACAAGCAAUAUGACUGACUCAACAUGAUCCAUUUUGCUCAGCUG